AUGGGAAAAAUUCUUAAAGAUGUCACUACUUUUUGUGCGAAGCAUGACAUCAAAGUCCCUAGCAUGGAUGAUAUUUAUGAGCCAGUUUUAAAACCAAAGGGGUUCUUGAGAAAAGUCAAGAAUCUCCAACAUUACCGUGUUGAAAUUUUCGCAAGCAUCCUUGAUAGAGCACUUCAAGAGUUAAAUGACAGGUUUGAUAAGAUGAACACAGAUUUUCUUCUUAAUGUGGAAUCACUCGAUCCAGCUAGUUCAUUUUACCCAUAUAACAAGGACAAGGUACUUAAACUUGCUAGGUCUUAUCCCAAGGACUUUUCAAGCACAGAUUUGUUGCAUCUUCCAAGCCAUCUUACACGGUUUAUUGCUGAUAUGCGUGAGGAUGAAAGGUUUAGGAAAGUGAAAAGUUUUGUUGAGCUUUCUGUUAUGCUUGUUAAAACCAAGAAGAGCCUCAAACAUCCUAUUGUUUACAAGCUUCUUAAAUUGGUGCUGGUUCUUCCCAUAGCAACUGCUAGCGUUGAAAGGGCAUUUUCUGCAAUGGAUCUUGUUAAGAAUAAGCUAACAAAUAUAGUGGGGGAACAAUUAUUGAAUGAUUGUCUGGUUACAUUCAUUGAGAGGGAGGUUUUCAUGCAAGUUAAGGAUGAGGCCUUGGCAUCUUGCUUCCAAGCCAUAGUAGGAGUGUAA